GUCAGUGGUAUGCAGUAUUACCUGCUCAGGUGAAACAGAGUCAUAUCAGAAACCGAGAGACUGGCAAAGGUGCUCCAUGCCAAGACGAGGGUUGCUUUUAAAGGACACCGUGUUUCGGACGUUUUGUGGAAUACAGUGUACCAUCAGCAGUGUCUUUGGGGCUAGCUGGAACUGCGUCCAGAGUGUGUUCAGUGAAGCUCUCCUCCAAUCAGCACAGGCCCCUGGUUAGGAGCUGCCCCCUUCCCUCCUUCAUUUCCUUUCUGUGAGAUGCCGAAGAGUGACACGUGGCCCGGCGUGGAUGCCAUGGAUUCCAUCACGAGCGUGGGCAGCGCGGGGAGCCGUGACAGCGUGGUCAGCCUCAACUCCAACCACUCCGCCUUGAGUGAUGACAGCCUGGAGUACCUCUCUGCCGAGGAGCGAGCCUGUCUCAUGUUCCUGGAAGAAACUAUAGACUCGUUGGACACGGAGGGAAAUGACAGUGGGCUGUCCACUGAUGAGACAACCAGGUCUGACAAACCGUCCACUGGCAACGUGGCGUCGAAGCAAGAGUACCUGUCCUCUUCUAUCGGGAGCUACAGACUGGAGGGUGAAUAUAAGUCAGCCAACGACAGCCCAGCACUCCAGAGAAGCAAGGGCAGCCGCCCCAUGUCACAAGCCCUCGUGCCUGCUCCUCUGCUGCUGGCAAACAGCGGCCCCAACACUUUACCCAAGGCUGGGCUGAAACAAGCACCAGAGAGCAUUAAGCUGUCUCCCCGCUCCCAGAGCUGCAUGUCCGACCCCAGUGGGAUUGCUUCAGGAAUUCAUCCGGAGAAGCUGGGAGAGCAGGCAAGCCUGCAAGUGGAGAAGCCAAAGAGCAUGCCUUUGGAUCCCAAGCCUUCCCGUGGUCACGUCAGGAACCCCUCCAAGACCAACUUGGGGGUGACUACACCCCCAGCAGAUUUUCGAGAUGGUCUGGAGAAAGCCAGAGCUCAGCACAGAGGAUCUGAAAGGUCAUCUCCUUCAGGAGGCCAGCAUGAGAGGAACAAGAUAACUUUUGAAUCUUCUACCAGACCAGAGCACUCUCUGACUGGACUGGGGGCACGGCCUACCAUUCAGCCAAAUCCUGCAACAUCUAGAUUUCUUCGCUUGGACUCUUCUCCGUCAACAGCAGUACCAUCUGACACAAAGCAUGGCCCGCCGACUGCUCCUAAACCCACGAGACUGCCUUCCAACAUCGUAAUGAAGUCCUUAAAAAGAGGAGGAACUACUUUUCACAAUCAGGAUUCCCUAGAGACUGUGGAGCAUAGCAGCCCAAACCACACCCCCUCCUCUACAGUGAAGAUCGUUCACCAUCAAUCGCACAUCAGUGACCCCCAGAGAUCCAGAAGGGAGGCCCUUCUGAAACUUGGUUUGCUUAAAGGUGAGCCUGAGCAGGAUUGGCACAGCAGUCCUUUCCACUUACCAGACCACCACAGCUCCAUGGAGCUUCCAGGAGGUGACACUCAAGCCAAACCCUUAUCGGCCAAAGUCGAGGACAAGCCCAGGAGCAGCAACAUGCGGCCACGGGCAGACAGUGACGUGCUUGCCAUGAUUGACAAGCGCUCCCCAGCCAGACCUGCAAGCUUCAAAGCUGCCACCUUGGAGCGCUCUGGCAUGGGGCUGAGUAGCUACGUGGUCGACACAUCUGUUAAGUCCAACUUGAAGCCCAACACCCUCCUGGAAUCGCCUAGCUUAAUCAGAAACUCCAGGCCACGCCCUUUCUCUCUAGGGACUGGGAAGGACUUCGCUGACAUCCAACAGGAAGAGAAGACUGAGCUCCCCAAAGACAUCAGGAGGUCUUUCCCUGCCCCUCACGGCCCCAACAAGCUGCCCCGCUCCCAGGGCAUCAGUGUGCAGAUCACACCUAGAACUGGGGAGGACCGGAGGGAGGCCUUGAAGAAGCUGGGGCUCUUGAAGGAUUAGCAAUGCUGUCAGUGAUGCACUCCGGACAGUCAUGGAAAUGGGAAUGCUGUAUCUUAGACUGUAAUGGGCUGACAAGGAAUAGAUGCCUCUAUCUUAGGUCUUUUGAAAACGACAAAGGGUUGAGGGUAUAAGUCUAUUUAUUAUUAUUAUUAUUAUUAUUAUUAUUACUAUUAUUAUUAUUAUUAUUAUUAAUCAUACAAUUAACGGGAUGUUUGAGGCAAAGCAAUGCCUUUUGCAUCUCUGCAAAUAUUUAGAACAAAAAACUUUAAGGCAAAAUAACUACAUUUGGCAGAAGUAUUUUGUUUCUCUGGCAAACCACCUUUACUGAAAACUGAUUCUAAAACAAAAAAAAAACAUAUUAAACUUGAAAGCCCUCCUGAUGGUGCAAGGAGAUUCAGAUAUAUACUGUAUAUAUGUUAAAGAAAACUGUUUUGUUCACUCACACGCUUAUAUGAAACUUUCUGUCAUGUUAAAAAUAAACUGAAAAGUUGCUGCUUAA